GUGAGGAUUCAGUCUUGGCCCACUGUGCACUGUUGCAUCAUAAAGGUGCUCUGGAAGUUCUGUCACAUGAAGUGGGCAAGAUGUGGACUUGCUCUUCAUUCUACCACAUGCAGAUUGAGGAUUCUGUGCCAGAAAGAUUUCAACAUGAAAAAAAAGAAACUGAGUUUUCCUGCUCACCCCCUGACAACCCUUCAGCUCUCGGUCUCCACUGAAGACUCCCUCAAGUCCAGCAACUAUGUGGAGCUGAGCAGACUGGGUGAGGGAGGUUUUGGAACUGUGAGCCGAUGCCUCAAACAGGACACCAACAAAAUCGUGGCUGUCAAACGGCUCAAAGACAGACAGACAAACGCUGAAAAGGAGAUAUCCAUGUUAGAAAGGCUGCGAUCUUUUGUCGCCCACAAGUACAACAUGGUCCGCUUUUAUGAGAGCUUCCAGAAGGAUGGGUACACUUUUCUGGUGUUCGAGGCCUUGGACAUCAGCCUCUAUGAUUACAUGAGGCAGAGGGACUUUGCCCCUCUGUCUCUGUAUGACAUCAAAUGGAUCAUCAAACAGCUGGCCAGAGCGUUUGCCGUCCUGAGGCUCAUGGAGGUGAUCCACACAGAUGUUAAACCAGAUAACAUCAUGCUGGUGGAUCACCGCAGGAAGCCCCUGAGGGUCAAACUGAUUGAUUUUGGGUUGGCCAUCCCAGUCUCUGAGGCCAAGCAGGGCUCCUGUCUUCAACCCAUUUACUGGAGGUCUCCAGAAAUCCUUUUGGGCCUCCAGUUUUCCGAGGCCAUCGACAUGUGGUCCCUUGGCUGUGUGAUGGCUCAGAUGCUGCUGGGCUAUUUACUCUUCCCUGGAGACAGUGAAUAUGACGUGAUGAGAUUCAUCGUCGAGCUGCUGGGUCGACCAGAUGAUUACCUUUUGAAAGCUGGACUAAGAACAAAGCUGUUCUUCGAACUAACGCCGUUCUACCACUGGCGGCGAUGCUGGAGACUCAAGAGCCCAGUGAAGUACAGCAGAGAUGCCAGGAGGUACAGCUUCAGGUCUCUAGUUCAGCUCAAGGAGAUUCUGGCUGACCAGAACAAGGCUGAGGCAGAUGACAUCAGGGACUGUGUUGACCUGAUAAAGGCACUUCUCGAGGUGAAUCCCGCAUGGAGGAUUACCCCACCUGAACUCCUCGGGCACCCAUUCCUGUUAAGGCGCAUCUUUGACCGCCCCUGCCGCCAGACCAGGCCUCGGCCACUGAAGUUGGAAAGUGCUGAGGGCAGGAGCAGCCCCCAGCUCCUUGUGAUCAAGGACUCCAGCCCUCAGAAGACUGAGGAGGCCCUCAGAGAAGUCACUGAUGCCAUGACUGAGGGUCACACUGACAUGUCAUUGGAGGCCCUCGGUACAAAUGAAGAGACUGCUGUCAUAACUGAGGAGACGAUGCCACUCAACACCACAGAGGUCGGAGCUGCCACUUCUCCAGCCGUGGACUUGGGUGUGGUGAGCGUUUGUGCUCCACAGAGCAGAGCAGCUGCAGCUCCUGCCACUGCCACCAACAGGGCCAACAGCACUCACACCACACCUGACAUCACCCAGCCUGAGAAGAAGAGGAGAGGGGGCAGAGUGAGGCGCUUCUUCUCCAGGUUGCUGAGGGUAAUUCAAGGUGUGAACAACCGUGUCAGUGUGGUGUGA